AUGGAGGAGGAGGCGGAGGCCGAGGCCCCGGUGCACCCCGGGGAGUCCCCUGUGGAGGCAGAGGGCCCGGGGCCCGUCGCGGAGGAGCAGGCGGCCGGAGAGGAGAGGCCGGAGGAGGCCGGGGGCGAGAGCCCCCUUGAGAAGCCGUCGGGGGAAGAGGCUGCCGCGGAGGAGGGGGCGGCAGAGCCUGAACACAGGGCGGGCACGGAGCCUCCUUCCCCGGCCGCUGAGGGAAGCCCCGAGGCAGAGGCGGGAGCCGCCCCAGAGGCGCCCACCAGCGCUAGCUUCACGGAGGGCGAGGCCGAGGAGCCGCCCCCGCUGCAGGUGGGGGAAGUGCUAAGCCCCCAGGAGAGCUGGGGGGAGGGGCGGCCCAGCCUGCCCCUGCUGGAGCUGGGCAGCCCCACCGACGAGGAGGAGGAGGAGGAAGAGGAAGGGGAGGAGGAGGCGGCGGCGGCGGAGCAGCGGCGGCGCGCGGAGCUGACCGAGCAGUACCGGCUCCUGCUGGCCGAGCGCGAGCGCACGCGCCAGUACAACGGGCACCUGCAGUUCAAGCUGUACGAGCUCUUCCGCAAGAAGGGCGAGGAGCCGCCCCGCGCGGAGCUGGAGGAGCUGGUCUCCGACAAGGAGCAGCGCUACACCCGCUACCUGGCCAUGCUGGAGGAGCUGAGGAGCCAGCUGGCCCAGCAGCGGGCAUGGUACCAGCUCCAGCUAGACGACCUGGAGCAGCGCUGCACGGAGAAGCUGGACCAGGUGAACGCCGACUGGCUCGCCUUCCAGGCCUGCAAGAAGGAAGUGACCCUCUUCACCCUGGGGCGCCAGCUGGGGGGGAAGGAAGCUGCCAUUAAGGAGGUGGAGCACAUCCAAGCCAAGGAGCAGCGUAAAGAGAACGAGAUGAGUGAGGUCCGCCUGGAAAACAUCAAGCUGCAGCAUAAGAUUGAAAAGCUUGAAGCAAGCCUGAAAGCUCAAGAGGAGCUGGCAGAAGGACUGCACCUGAUAGACUUUGAGCAGCUGAAGAUAGAGAACCAGACCUACAAUGAGAAAAUUGAGGAGCGCAAUGAAGAGCUUCUCAAGCUCCGGAACAAGAUCACUAAUACAGUGCAAGUCCUGACCCAGCUCAAAGAAAAACUCCAGUUUGUAGAAGCUCAGAAUCAAGACCAAAGGGCCCAGCUGAUGGAGACUGAGACACUGGUGGCCCAGAAAAGAGAGAUUCUGACCAAAACCAAACAGGCUAGGGAUAGUUUACGGGUACACAACUUGAAGUUGCGACAGAAGUGUGGGCUUCUCGGAAGUGAGGCACUGCUGCAGGACUUUGAGAACAAGGUGGAUGCUGCUGAAGUACUAAGUCAGCGGCUGGAGAUGCUGAAACGUCACCAUGCUGGACUCACCCUUACUUGCAAAGCCGUAAAGAAAAAAAUCAAGGAAGCAAAAUCCUUUCUACCAGGAUGA